ACACACAGGCAUAUAUGUAUUUCUUCUGAAAUCAGCCACGCUGGAAAACAACUGACAAUAAACUUUAAACCUUUUUAUUUUGCAAAACGGAAGUAUAGUAUUUGUACCGGACGUGACGUACCAUCCGCUCGUUCGUCCGUCCUCUUGAGUGGAAUGUUGUGAAGCAGCCUUUCAGACAAAACUGAGGGACGGUAUGCUCCUGUUCAUUCAAUGCUGCUGCUGGGGCUCUCUGCCAAACACAGAAUGGACUGUCAACACAGAAACAUGGCUGCCUCUGCAACGGGCAAGACGAGUAACAGAGAUAACGCUACUACGGACAGUCGGAAAUGCCCUGAAGAGCCUCUGUCGCAGUCACGGGAAAUAAUAAAACCCACCAUCAAGGAGCUGACCAAAGAAGUGAGGACGAACAUCCUCUGCACCGUGGAGGGAUGUGGCAAGAUUCUCCCCAACACACCUGCCCUGAACAUGCAUCUUGUGAAGUCACACAGAAUAAAGGAUGGGAUUGUCAAUCCCACGGUCAGAAAGGACAUGAAGGGCUCUCAGAAGCUUUACUGUUGUCCCAUUGAGGGCUGUCCCAGGGGGCCUAAUAGACCGUUCUCCCAAUUCUCCCUGGUUAAACAACACUUUAUGAAGAUGCAUGCUGAGAAGAAACACAAGUGCUCCAAGUGCAAUAAUGGCUACAGCACAGAGUGGGAUCUAAAGAGGCACAUAGAGGACUGUGGGAAGACCUACCACUGUACAUGUGGCUGCCCGUACGCCAGCAGGGCUGCUCUCCUCUCACAUAUCUACAGGACAGGACAUGAGAUCCCUACAGAACACAGGAUUCCUCCAGUAAAAAAGCGGAAGAUGGAGAAACUGUUAAGUGAUUCUGAAAAGGUUAAGACCAGUGAGUCAACCUGCCAGAUCAUGCCCACUGCUAAAGAGCUGACAGAUAGUGCUCUCCCUUCUCAUACGACUGUUCACAUCCCAGACUCAGUGAGUCAGAACUCCAGUCCCCGUAAGAGCCUCCAGAAGUUGCUUCUACCAAAGCCCAACAUGGCAUUGGUCAGUGUUCCUGUGAUGCAGCUAGCCCACCUGCCUGUCCUCCUUCCAUCCACAGAAAGUGGGGCUCUGAGGUCUGUAGUGUUGGCAGUAGACAGCCAAGGCUCCGUCAGCACCCUUCAUCUCCUGCCACAAGCCACAGGGGCAGUGGUACCCCAGCUUGAUGCUAAGAGUUUGGGUUUCAAGGAUAGCAUGCCUUCUUCCCGCUCUAGCCUGGGGCCCAUUAGCAUAGGGGUCCAGGUCAGUCUGGACCCUGCGGGCGCAGAGGACUCACCCGGCAGCCUGACAGGACAACGGGGCAGAAGCACCUCCACCAACAUUCAAACAGACAAAUCAUACUUAUCAAAAAUGCCCACAGGGGUUGGUGUAGGGGAAGGAAUAGACUUGUGUACUGUGGGUGAGUCCUCAGUGUCGUCUUGCUCUCAAACAGACAUCAGUGUGAGUGCCCAAGUCCUCCUCCCGGUCAGUGUUGAAACCCAGACAUUCUCUUCCCGAGCAAAAGCCACAUCCUCUAUUGGAGCUCAGACGGACGGCCAGUGCCUCAGCCAAAUUGCUUGCUCCUCCACAUCUGUACCCCCGUACAAAACCAGGCAGACCCAGACGCACUUUGCGGUGCCGCAGUCAGAGGAGAAGGCUCAGGACCAGACUAUCAUGUGCACCGACCUAUUUGGCAAUGACUCUCUGAGUGUCUCCACCCAGACAGCUCUGGACAUAGACGACACCCUCACUGCUGCAGAUAACAGUAUAUAUGAGGACUCAAAGUCAGCAGGCGGUAUGUGUUUUGGGGUGCAGACAGAUGAGCUCAAUUCAAACAACAUGGCAGACAACCAGACCCAAACAAUGACCUUGUUAAAUGACCUAGAGAACAUUCUGUCUGACAGCAUGUCAGGACACCAGGUGCUCACUGAGGCCUCUGCAGGCUGUGGUACAGGCCUGGGCUCGGUUCAGGAGCAACACAGUGGCAUAGACUUUGACUUUGAAGAGUUCCUCAAUGCUGUGCAUAUCCAGACACAGACAGAGGAGAGUGAGCUGGGAGGGCUGGGUAGCGACACGCCUCUGGAGUCUCUGGACAUCCAGACCCAGACAGACUUCCUCUUGAUGGAUGAAUUGGACCAAAGCGAGGGACCAAGUCGAACCCAGGCCAGCGACCUGGAGCUAUUUGAUACACAAACUCAGACUGACCUCAAUUUCCUGCUUAAUGCCGGAAGCCACAUGCCCCUGAGCAGCAUCCUGCGACAUUCAAGCUUUUCUAUGAGCACCGAGUCCUCAGACACAGAAACACAGACAGAUCUCCCUUCAUUUGCCACCGGCCUCUCUGCUCAGACGCCUGUCAGUCAGGGUGAGCAUGCAAGGCUGCUGAACAGCACAGAAACGCAGACUGUGACCAGCCAGGCAGAAGGCCUGGGACACCUCUUCCUGACCAGCAACGAAACACAGACUGUCAUGGAUGACUUCUUGUCAGCAGACCUUGCGUGGAAUAUGGAUUCCCAUUUCAGCUCUGUGGAAACACAAACGUGUGAGGAGCUUUGUGCUCUCUUUCAGCACCCCGAGAAACCCAACAGCUGAAGCGCUCUUAGUGAAGCUGCCUAAGCUUUUGCAGUACAAGUUUCCAAUACCUGCUUCUUCCUUUAAGAGGAGUCAGUCUAUGCUGUCCUCUGGCGGACCAUAGUCUCAGCGGCCAGUCUUUGAACAUUCCACUGAGGGCAUCAUGUCCAGGGCUUUUCCGGGUAUAUAUCCUGACUGCUCCGCUGCACUUUAUUAGCUCAGUGGGCAUGGUUUAUCAGCUCCUCUGACAGUUUACAUAUUUAUUUGCACAUAAAGUAACAUGUUAUACGUGUCUUGUCUUAAAUUCCAGUUUACUUCUGUAUUUCAGUGUAUAACCACUGUGACUGGUUUUCACUGUUUGAUCUUACUUGCAAUUUAAAAAUGACCUAACAUUUCAUCGUUGUCAGAUCUGCACUUAAAAGGGAUGGCAUCUUUUGCCGUGCGUGGCUGUCAAGAAUAGGCCUAUAAAACUGUAACCCUUUACGACAGCUUUUCAGAUACGCAUAUGCUGCAUGAACACAAUUUCAUCUCCGCUGUCCGGUAUACAAUAUUGUAACAUUUAGUUUGCGUAUAUUCAACAUGCGCAUGAAGCCUUCUCUUGGUCAGCAGCACAAACAUGAAAUAUCAAUUCUCAGCUUGCGUAUCUGAUGGAUGCCUCUUUGAUGUUGCCUUGUCAGCGGCAGCAAGACUGUAAACUCCUGAAUUACAUCCUGCAAGCUUCGCAGCCAGUGGAAAACUUGACCAGUGAUAAACCUAUCACCUUUGCGCUCAACAGAAAGCAACCCCAUAAAGCCUUCUUCAACUAUGAGCAAGGCACGGAUCAAAGCUGUUAAGAUGCAUCUUUGAAAUAUACCGUUACUCAUACAGAUGUGGCACAAGUAUAAGUGAGAUGUUUAUGUCUUGUCAGUUGUUGCACACCUUUCAUUGAAAUGUGAUUGUGAAGUAUGAUGUUUCGAAAAUACUUUUUUUUUUUUUUAUUUUUUUUUUUAAUGCGCCUGGGUCUCUAUAGCUGAGCAGUCAGUUUAAGUCAUUAAGCAAAAUAGGCUGUCAUCGUCUUUGACUUAUUCAUUAGCUGGGUGUAAGUGUAUACAGUAGCAGUGCUCUGUGCUGAAGUGCUCCAGUAAUGUUAGCUGUACAAAACACAUAUUGUGGAUUAGGGCUAGGAUUAGCACAGAGUUCUUUCAUGUAUUCACCACCUUAUUUUGACUGAAGGAGUCCUGAUUUUCAUAGAAUAACUUCUAUGAAAAUCAUAAGAGUUUCCACCUUUCCAACAAUUUGGACACGGUGUUUUAAUUUAUUUUAUUUUAUUAUUUUUUUUUAAUCCAAACAACUAAACUUAAUGCUUUGAUUGCAUUUUUAAUUAUACUGUUGCACUAAGUUACCUCAUUAUGUGCAGGCACCACAUACAGACUUUGUUCUACUAGGGAACAUAGAGCUGUAAGGCCUUGUUUAUUUGUUCGUUUUGUUACGUUGGUGCCUUAACCCAAGUAUUAACUUCAGUUCUGUUACAGACAGUUGAAUUUGCUGCUUUGAGGUGAAAUAUUUAUCAGAAUUAUGCGAGAUUAUGUUUUGGAAAAAUGACUGAAAAAUGGUCUGAAUCCUUCCUUUCUUUGAUUUGCAUGUGUAAUACAUUCUGUAUUGGUAUUUUCAUCGUGGUUGCAUGAAAUAUCGGAAUGUCCCUCAUUGUCCUCCGUAGUUUCUAUGAAAAGAUUUUUGUUCUUUCACGUGAAAAUAAUGCUAUGCAGCAUUUUAUUGAGGAGAAUUUGUUUUUGCGCCAACUCACUGUUUUUAUGGACGGGUGAUUAAUGGCUGUUACGGUUUAUAGAUGUUUGUUAAAACUGCUGAAUGUACAGAACAUGUCACUGUGCCCAAGUAUAAAAAAAAAUCUCUUUUUUGCACCAUAUCCAAUUAGUUUAAGGGUAAUUUCCCAGAGUUAAAAAGGAUUUUGACACACGUGAAAUUUGAACAUUUCUUGUUUUGAGAUUAGUACUUCUAGUUUGUGGUUCUUGAAUACAAAUACAGCAUAGCUGCUCCCUGCUGGUUUAAUGGUCUGGGGAAAAUGCCUUGCUUAAAACAGAACUUUGUGUAGAAGCCUUGUCAGUCUCAAGUGUCAGUCACAGUGCUUUAUUUUCUCUCUGUAGGGACUGCAUGCUGAUAUUUUCCCAGCACAAAAAAUUUGUUUUAACAGAAUUUCAGUUCUCUUGCCUGUAUGUUUAGAGUUAAUGGUUGCCUUGAUUACUUGUUGAAGCUACACUACAGAUGUUCUUAAUAAACUGCUGGAAAGUAA